CUCAGUUUCCAGAGUUGUUGGUGACAGUUGAGGCACUUGAAAAGAGUUUCCCUCUUCCCCUCCCUUCUUCAUCACUGUUCGUUUUUUUUUUUUUUUUUUUUUAUCCUUUGAGAGAGGUGAAAUUGAAGUCAAGUUGUUCAUAAAGAAUGUAUGAAGCUUCUCAACUUAAAACUCCCAGCACUGUUGAAGAAUAUAGCACAGUUGCAUCAGUAAUGAUGGCUCACUCAACUGGGAGCAUCUCUCUGGAGACCAUCAUGCAGACAUCAGAGACUGGGUCGGACACAGGUUCGACAGUGACCUUACAGACAUCUGUGGCUAGUCAAGCAGCAGUGCCUACCCAGGUGGUCCAGCAAGUACCAGUACAACAACAGGUACAGCAGGUACAGACUGUACAGCAGGUACAACAUGUCUAUCCAGCUCAGGUGCAGUAUGUGGAAGGAAGUGAUACUGUCUAUACCAAUGGAGCAAUCCGAACAACAACUUACCCUUACACAGAAACACAGAUGUACAGCCAAAACACUGGAGGGAAUUACUUUGAUACUCAAGGGAGUUCUGCACAAGUGACUACAGUGGUUUCAUCCCACAGUAUGGGAACUGGUGGAAUUCAGAUGGGCGUCACAGGAGGGCAACUCAUUAGCAGCUCUGGAGGAACUUAUCUGAUUUGCAAUUCAAUGGAGAAUUCUGGUCACUCAGUGACACACACUACUCGGGCCUCUCCAGCAACAAUUGAAAUGGCGAUUGAGACGCUCCAAAAGUCUGACGGUCUGUCCACUCACAGAAGCUCUCUUCUCAACAGCCAUCUCCAGUGGCUGUUGGAUAAUUAUGAGACAGCAGAAGGAGUGAGUCUUCCCAGAAGCACUCUAUACAACCACUACCUACGACACUGUCAGGAACACAAACUGGAUCCAGUCAAUGCUGCUUCUUUUGGAAAACUAAUAAGAUCAAUUUUCAUGGGACUACGAACCAGGAGAUUGGGAACGAGAGGAAACUCCAAGUACCAUUACUAUGGGAUUCGUGUUAAGCCAGAUUCUCCUCUUAAUCGUCUACAAGAAGACAUGCAAUAUAUGGCUAUGAGACAACAACCCAUGCAACAGAAACAAAGGUACAAGCCUAUGCAGAAAGUGGAUGGGGUUGCAGAUGGUUUCACAGGAAGUGGUCAGCAGACAGGCACAUCUGUUGAGCAAACUGUAAUUGCCCAAAGCCAACAUCAUCAACAGUUUUUAGAUGCAUCUCGAGCACUUCCAGAGUUUGGAGAAGUUGAAAUCUCUUCUCUGCCAGAUGGUACUACCUUUGAGGAUAUCAAGUCACUGCAGAGUCUUUAUCGAGAGCACUGUGAGGCAAUAUUGGAUGUUGUUGUGAAUCUUCAAUUUAGCCUAAUAGAAAAAUUGUGGCAAACAUUCUGGCGCUAUUCUCCUUCUACUCCAACUGACGGCACUACCAUUACCGAAUCAAGCAAUCUGAGUGAAAUAGAAAGUCGACUUCCGAAAGCAAAGCUGAUAACUCUGUGCAAACAUGAGUCUAUCCUGAAAUGGAUGUGUAACUGUGACCAUGGGAUGUACCAGGCUUUGGUGGAGAUUCUCAUCCCCGACGUCCUUAGACCUAUUCCUAGUGCCUUGACCCAAGCCAUUCGAAAUUUUGCAAAAAGCCUUGAAGGUUGGCUCUCCAAUGCCAUGAACAAUAUUCCACAAAGAAUGAUACAAACCAAGGUUGCCGCUGUAAGUGCCUUUGCCCAGACUCUGCGAAGAUACACGUCACUAAAUCACCUGGCCCAGGCGGCUCGUGCAGUGCUUCAGAACACUUCUCAGAUCAACCAGAUGCUUAAUGAUCUCAACCGUGUUGACUUUGCCAAUGUCCAGGAGCAGGCUUCCUGGGUGUGUCAGUGUGAUGACAACAUGGUUCAGAGACUAGAAACAGACUUUAAGAUGACUCUUCAACAGCAGAGCACCCUGGAGCAGUGGGCUGCAUGGCUUGACAAUGUGAUGAUGCAAGCACUCAAACCCUAUGAAGGACGACCCAGUUUUCCUAAAGCUGCCAGGCAAUUUCUACUAAAAUGGUCUUUCUACAGCUCAAUGGUUAUUCGGGAUUUAACCUUACGCAGUGCUGCUAGCUUUGGCUCCUUCCACCUGAUCCGUCUACUCUACGACGAAUACAUGUUCUAUUUAGUAGAACAUCGUGUUGCUCAGGCAACAGGAGAGACCCCCAUUGCUGUCAUGGGAGAGUUUGGUGAUUUGAAUGCUGUGUCUCCUGGAAAUCUGGAUAAAGAUGAAGGCAGUGAAGUGGAAAGUGAAAUGGAUGAAGAACUAGAUGACUCUUCAGAACCUCAAGCCAAAAGAGAGAAAACUGAGCUGAACCAGGCAUUUCCAGUGGGCUGCAUGCAGCCUGUCCUGGAGAGUGGCGUGCAACCAACCCUUCUGAAUCCAAUCCAUAGUGAGCACAUCGUUACAAGUACUCAGACUAUCAGACAGUGCAGCGCUACAGGAAAUACCUACACUGCAGUCUAAAGAAUAUUAAAGCAUAUUUUUCCAGCUAACAUUAACCCUGUUGAUAUUGGGCUUAAGUUGAAGUUUUAAUAAGCCUGAAGGUCGACUGUUGUCAAAUUCUAUCUGUGCUGAACAUUACUUUUGGAGUUGUGAAAUGGAAUGGGUGUAUGUAUUUCACCAGACUUUUUUUAUGUAAACAGAUUAUUUGCCUCUUAAUCAGAGUUUUUUUCCCCUUAGUUUCAGGUGUCAGGAGGAUUUUUACAACACUUAAUGUUUUUGUUUUCUUAUAAUUAAAAAGUAAUUUACAU